CGUGAGUUAAAAAUUGAAAAGUCAUAUUAUUCGCUCGAAGGAUUCUCGGUGGUGUAUGCUGGUGUAUGCAUGGUGCGCGUAUGUGUGUAUUGUACGUGUGUUUGAAACCAUAACCUCUGCGCGAUCACAUGUAACGUGAUCAAGGCGGGGAAUCAAAUUUCCGUCGAGAAUUUUCACGUAGUCGAGAUGCCGAAGAAGAAAACCGGCCAGAGGAAGAAGGCCGAGAAGCAGAAGCUUCGGCAGAAGGAGAUCCGGGCGGCGAAGGAACAGGUCGACCUGGCCAAGUACCCUUGCAAUUCCGUGAUGGAAUGCGACAAGUGCAACAAGAAGCAAAAGAGCCGCGCCUUCUGCUACUUCUGCCAGAGCCUGCAGCGUCUGCCCAUGUGCGCGCACUGCGGCAAGAUCAAGUGCAUGCUGAAGACGGGGGAUUGCGUGGUGCGCCAUCCGGGUGUCUUCACCACGGGACUAGGCAUGGUGGGAGCCAUAUGCGAUCACUGCGAAGCCUGGGUCUGCCACGGGAGACGUUGCCUCACUACGCACGCGUGUACCUGUCCGCUAAUGGACGCUGUCUGCCAGGAAUGCGAGAGAGGCGUUUGGGAUCACGGUGGAAGGAUAUUCAAGUGUUCGUUCUGCGAUUGUUACCUGUGCGAAGACGAUCAGUUUGAGCACCAGGCAUCCUGUCAAGUGCUGGAAGCCGAGAGUUUCAAAUGUCAGUCGUGCAACCGCUUGGGACAGUACUCUUGUCUCAGAUGCAAGACGUGCUACUGCGAGGAUCACGUUCGCAGGAAAGGUUUCAAGUAUGAGAAGAAUAAGGCUAUUCCCUGUCCAAAGUGCAGCUACGAGACAUCGCAGACCAAGGAUCUAAGCAUGUCCACGAGAAGCCACAAGUUUGGCAGACAGAAUCACGGCGGCCCGUCUGAAUCCGACGAUGAGAGCGGGUACAACGAUUAUGGAAAUCAAGAUUCUUGUUACGGUACUGGUAAUUACGUCAACGAUGACGAGGAUGAGGACGAUGACGAUGACGACUAUGACGAUGACGAAAAUGAUGACGAUGAAGAUGCGGAGGAUGACGAAUCGUCGAGCGCGGACGAAGAGAAGAAAGAUAGCAAGAUGCAACAGGCAGAGAGCAAUAAUGAGAGCAAAGCUUAACGCAAACGUUUAAGAAUAUACGAGAUAGCAAUAAUUGAGAAGAACGUUAAUUGUUCAAUGUGCAAAUUGUGCAGAGGGAAUUCUUGAUGGUGCAAAGUGCUCGAAAAAAGAAAUGAGAAAUUAAAAUAGGGAUAUUCUUGAAAAUGGACAAUGAAAAUAUUUUGUAUAAUAAAAAAAGUUUGCUUUACUAGGGAUAUAAAGAUUGAGUUCCUAAUAUAUAAUAUACGCCACAGAGUCGAGUUUAAUGAUUCUUAGAAAUAGUGAUAAUAUGAAAAACCUUGCGAUUGCAUAACAAGAUGGCAACUGUGCAGAAAUAAACGUUUAUUGUACAUGACGAAUUUUAUGCAGCUUAAAUAAAA